AAGUCUGUUCUAGCUUUGCUCGAGGAACGUGGACUGGUGAACCAGAUUGCUGGAGACCGCAAUGCCCUCAAUGGGAUACUCCAACGCCGAAAGGUCGGAUUCUACGCUGGAAUCGACCCUACCGCGCCUUCUCUUCACCUUGGCCACCUGCUGCCAUUGAUGGUAUUAUUCUGGAUGCACCGCAGUGGUCACCAUGUUGUAUCUCUUGUUGGACGUGCUACUGCCCAAGUUGGAGACCCUAGUGGUAGAUUGACCUCACGGGCGAAGACAGCGGAGACUGUCCACCAAACGAACUUCCAGACCAUGUACGCUCAGCUAGGCCUCAUCUGGAAUAAUGCAACACUUUAUGCCCAGAGACGCGGUGGCGACGCCAGAGGUUUGAAGGGUACGAUGGAGCUUCUCGACAACGGAACCUGGCUAAACGAGCUGCGCCUGCUAGACUUCUUGAAACUGCUAGGCGGUGGGAUGCGGCUCGGCAGUAUGCUCAGUAGAGACACAGUACGCAACAAAAUGGAGAAGGGCGACGGCAUGUCCUUCUCCGAGUUCACAUAUCCGCUCCUCCAAGCUUGGGACUGGUGGCACAUGUACCGAUCGAAAAGCAUACAAGUCCAGAUUGGCGGUAGCGACCAAUUCGGCAACAUCAUUGCCGGCAUGGACGCGGUUCGACACAUCGCGCAGACGAGCACAGCCACCGGCCAACAGUUCCAAUGGCUUGAUGAAGACGGCAAGUUGAAGGACGAGUAUGCGCCUAUGGGUCUCACGGUUCCGUUGUUGACAACCUCAAGCGGCGAGAAGUUUGGCAAGAGUGCUGGCAACGCGGUAUGGCUGGACGGUAGCAUGACUUCGCCGUUUGAUCUCUACGGGUUUCUGCUGCGCUCCGCAGACGACGAUGUAGAGCGGUACAUCAAGCUAUUCACCUUCGUGCCGAUCGACGAGAUAGCCUCCGUCAUGGCAGCCCAUAUGCAGAACCCUGGGGAGCGAAAGGCGCAGCAUCUGCUCGCCAGUGAAGUCCUCGAGCUUGUGCAUGGCCGUGAAGAGGCCGAGCGGACCCAGAGAGAGCACCACGCACUGCGCAGUCCUACCUUGAGCGCGCUCAAAUCCAAAAGCCAAGACGGGUCUGAGCACGCUUCAGCGCAAACGGUACGCAUAGUACUACCCGCGUCCCUUGUGUACAACACCCCUUUCUCCCGCAUUUUGUUUCAUGCGGGAAUUGUGCCAACUAAGUCUGAAGGCGCUCGGCUUGUACAGAAAGGUGGCGCUUACGUUGGCGGCUCGAGUGCCAAUGUCCAUGGCCUUCAGCCGGGUGGUACGGGUGAAGGUUUAAGCUUCAGCGCAAUUGGAGACCAGAAGACCCGGGAAGUCAAAAACCAUGUCAACGAUGGCCUGUUGAUCAUACGGGUUGGCAAAUGGAAGGUGCGGGUUAUCGAAGUGGUUGAGGAUGCUGCCUUUGAGGCCAAAGGCCUGGAUGCGCCGGGGUGG